GGCGGCCCAGGGGGGUGGACACCGGACCCUGCUCUAUGGUCACGCCAUCCUCCUACGCCACUCCUUCAGUGGAAUGUACCUGACCUGCUUGAAGACGUCAAGAUCGUUGACAGACAAACUGUCAUUUGACGUGGGAUUACAAGAACAUUCAAUCGGUGAGGCAUGCUGGUGGACCAUCCACCCUGCGUCCAAGCAAAGGUCAGAGGAGAGAAGGUCCGUAUCGGAGACGACCUAAUCCUGGUCAGCGUGUCCACAGAGAGGUAACCUGCACCUGUCCAUCUCUAACGGUAGUGUUUCCAGGUGGAUGCCUCCUUUAUGCAGACUCUGUGGAACGUUCAGCCUACCCGGUCAGGAAGCAACGUGGCUGUGGGAUUCCUGUGUGGUGGUCACGUGAUGCGUCUGUGUCACGGACAUGAUGAGAGUCUGACCAUACCUGGAUCAGAGGCCAGCGAGAUGGAGCAGAGGAUAGUGAACUAUGAGAUGGGUAAAGGAAUUUCCAAGUCCCGCUCCCUAUGGAGGCUGGAGCCCCUCAGGAUCGGCUGGAGCGGUAGCCACAUUCGCUAUGGGCAGGCGUUCCGUCUGCGACACCUGUCCACCGGUCACUACCUGGCGCUGACCGAAGAGCAGGGUCUGGUCCUACAGGAGAGAGAGAAGUCCGAUACCAAGUCCACCGCUUUCUGCUUCAGGGCUACCAAG